CAUGCCGUUUAAGCGCAGAAACGCUGGAAGGUCUAAAAAGGGACGUGGACAUGUCAAGCACGUUAGAUGUACCAACUGUGCCCGAUGCGUUCCCAAGGAUAAGGCGAUCAAAAAGUUCGUUAUCCGUAAUAUCGUUGAAGCUGCCGCAGUAAGAGAUGUUACCGAGGCUAGCGUUUAUGAAACCUACGCUCUCCCUAAACUCUAUUGUAAGAUGCAUUACUGUGUAUCGUGCGCUAUCCACAGCAAAGUUGUUAGAAAUAGGUCUAGAGAAGCCAGGAAGGAUCGUACUCCUCCUCCAAGAUUCAGACCAGGAAUGAGAAUGGAUAAUGCUGGUGGUAACAGACCAGGUCAAACUGGAGCUCCAGCCAACCUUAGCGAUGACAAUUUUCUGUUAAUAUUGGAUUCCAGAAAAUACCUAUCGUACAAAGAAGAUCAUAUUGUUUUAGCUAAACAUUGCAAAAUGAACAAAUAUUUUGAAUUUGUUAUUCCAGAGGAAUAUCGCUUGCCUUAUAAACAAAAUGUUGUUGUUUAUGAUAAUAACGCUAAUUCAUUCAAAGAUUGUUGUUAUGCAAAUUCUUGUAGUUUAAAAGUUUGGGAUUCUGGAAGCAGAAAUACGGUUAAAGUUUUGAAAGGAGGUUUUGAACUCUUUUCAAGACUGUACCCAUUUAUGAAAACACAAAAAAUGAUAUGGAACCCAAGAGAACUUGAUCAAUUUCUUACCUAUCCCAUUGAAAUAAUACCGGAAUUUCUCUAUAUUGGUGAUUCUAAACAAGCAGCUUUACCAUUUAUUCUUAAAGACCUUCACAUAUCAGGUUCGGUAAACUGUACGGAAACGUCUGGAUUUUACUUAAGAGAGAUAGGGAAGGAUACGAUUCACAUAAAUAUGACUGAAGAUGAACGGACUGAUAUUUUUCCAUUUUUUGAAGAUGUAACUAAUUUUAUAAAUAGACAUAAAAGCUUUGGAGGUAAAGUUUUGAUCUAUUCAGAAAAGGGCAUGAGUUCAUCAGCAGCGUUUUGUCUCGGUUUUAUGAUGCAAGAUAAAAUGCUAUCUCUGAAGGAAGCUUGGGAUUUUCUAAAGACUUUUCAUCCUAAAGCACAACCACUGAAAAUCUAUUUUGAUGCCCUACUCAAAUACGAAGAAGUUAUUUUCAGUAAUUUUGAAGCUGAAGCCGCAAAACGAACAAUGGAAGAUGAUAGGGAUCUUCUACUUUACAUGCCGAGAACGCUGUUAGAAGAAUUAGGCUAUUGA